CUCCUUCCUUCCCUCCCUUCCUCCCUUUCUCCCUCCCUCCCAGCUCCUGCACCAGGAAACAGCCGGAUCCCGGCAGCGGCAGCGGCCUGACCCGGCUCCACGCUGGCCGGGAGGAUGAAAGGCCCCAGCUGGGGGCUCCUUGCCACCAGCACUGGGUCCUAAGAGCUGCCAUCCAGGCUGGCUGCCCGGAUGGCGACCCCAGCCUCGGCCCCAGACACACGGGCUCUGGUGGCUGACUUUGUAGGCUAUAAGCUGAGGCAGAAGGGUUAUGUCUGUGGAGCUGGCCCUGGAGAGGGCCCAGCUGCUGACCCGUUACACCAAGCCAUGCGGGCAGCUGGAGAUGAGUUUGAGACCCGCUUCCGGCGCACAUUCUCUGAUCUGGCGGCUCAGCUACAUGUGACCCCAGGCUCAGCCCAGCAACGCUUCACCCAGGUCUCUGAUGAACUUUUCCAAGGGGGCCCCAACUGGGGCCGUCUUGUGGCCUUCUUUGUCUUUGGGGCUGCCCUGUGUGCUGAGAGCAUCAACAAAGAGAUGGAACCACUGGUGGGACAAGUACAGGAGUGGAUGGUGGCCUACCUGGAGACACGCCUAGCCGACUGGAUCCACAGCAGUGGGGGCUGGGCGGAGUUCACAGCUCUGUACGGGGACGGGGCCCUGGAGGAGGCGCGGCGCCUGCGGGAGGGGAACUGGGCAUCAGUGAGGACAGUGCUGACGGGGGCUGUGGCACUGGGGGCCCUGGUAACUGUAGGGGCCUUUUUUGCUAGCAAGUGAGAAAGUCCAGGGCCAGGUGGGGCUAGGUGUGGCUAGGGGCCAGGAGAGCAGGGACAGAACAGAGAAUGCCCUUGGAAGAAGUGGGGUGAGUGGAUGAGCAUGGAACAGGGAAGGGUAUGAGAAAGGUAAUAUGUGAGGGAGCUGAGAAUGCCAGGCAGGUGGCUGAAAAAGUGAGCUGGAGACAUUGGGGAAUGUUUUAAGGACAGAGGCCCAGGAGAUGGAGUCAUUCCAAGGUUUAAGGGGAGGUGGGAGGGAUCAUAACUGUAGGUGUGGGCACAUGAAACUACUUGGAACUUGGUUUGCAGCCCUGAGGAAGGUGAACUUGCAUCAGGAGUUGGAUAAGUGGGAUCUGGGGAACCUAGAAGGCACAUCCCUUUGAAAUGGAAGCUUGGUGAUUAGGUGAAUGGGAGAGGUGGCAGUGGCUGAGGGCUGCUUGGACAUGUGUGCAUGUGAACACGUGCCCCUGUGCAUGCUGGGCUGUUUGUCUAAUCUGGUGGUGGGAUUUUUCAAGGAGAAAACAUUCCUUCUUGCAGUGGCAAGAACAACAGGGACUGUUCUCUGUCCCUCCUCCCCUUUCGGCCCCCUCCCCUUGUCCUGAUACCUCAAGGCUGAGGGAGAAACAUUGUAUCUAGAUAGAAGGCUCUGACACUUCUCUAUGGAAAGUCCUUGGCAGGGCUUUGGAGAGGAGAGCAGUCCUGCAGCUGGCCUUGUUUCUUCAUGGUCCCCUUUUGGUGUGUGUCUCCCACAUGCUGCUGCCUCCUAAGCUCACGUAGGGCAGGGCUGUGGAGCCUGGGUGGGUCUAGGCAUUGGUAGCUGGACCUACCUGCCACCCUCCCCUCCCACUAGGGCACGGGGUGCCCAAAGUGUUGCCUACUUCUGGAACCUCUGUACCUAAAUUUAAACUCUAAAUUGGGGCUCUAAUUUUCCUUUGUGGAUUUGGACAUAAAUGCUGAUGUAGAAUAGAGUCUGGGUCCUGCACUGUGUCUCGGUGAGACUGUUGAUGGCUUGAGAGGACCAUUACAGUUCUGAGCCCCACGGGGGUGAUGGUGACAGGUGUUCUAUUACUGGCCUAUUCUGUGUCGUGGGCUUUGGUGCUGCUUUAUCAGGGGCCAGGUGUAUGGGUUCUAGAGUAUCUACCAUGACCUAGAAGCAUUUGUUUCAUCUGAAGCCACACUGUUUGCAUGGUGUUAUUUGUCUGCACUGCAGAGUCUGAGGACUUGAACUUUAGAACUCAACAGUCCUCUAGAACAAAUCCAGACUUUUUCUUUUGAGGGAGAAAUUGUUCAUUCCAAAUGCAUGCCCUGAGCCAGACCUCACUGCUGCACUUUCCAGGGUGCUAAAAUUGCUGCUCUCCAAUGCUGACUUAAUUCACAGUGCUCUAGAGCCCUGCCUAUGAUCCUGAGCACUGAUCAGCUUAGCUAGACCAUGGUUGACUCUUCUUGGAGAUUUUCGCUUGGUCCUAGAAUGUGGCAUCAUAGUUGUGCUUGCUAGAAUGUGGGACCAAAUUGGCCUCAGGUGUUUAGUCCAGACUUUCUGCUUUUGAGAGCGGGCUGCACUUUUUAAUGGUAUUUAUGGGGAGGUGGUAGACUGCAUGCACCAUUUGAUCUGUUGUGAGUGCUGAUACUAGCAACUCAGAGCCAAUCUGUGGCGAACAGUUGGGGUGGGUGUGAGGGUGGUCUCUGACUUGCUCAGGACAAACUAGGCCAGUGGUUUUCAAACUGCUUGGCAGAGCCCAGAAGUGUCCUAGGGGAUGCCUCAGGAGUCUUUGGAGAGAUGAAAGGGGUUGGGGGUGCUGAGCAGACUGGGCAACUUGCCCUCAAACAGAACUCCCCUUGUAGCUGUCGUACAUAUCGGGGUCCAGGGUAAGAUUUUAUUUGCAUUAAGGGGUUUACUGCUGAAAAAUGUUGGAAAACCACUGACUAGACCAUCAGCUCCCCCAGGUUCAGGGUGGACUCUUCACCCUACCCUCCACCACAGAAUGUCUAUCCAGUUAGCAUUCCUGGGGCCCUUCAGCAAACAGGAGCAGCCCUGCGCUGAGGCCUUCACACCUGGCUGGAAGGAGAGGCUGUUUUCUGAAAGGAAUUCCCAGAUGCUUAGCUUAGAUGGGACUAUACAGUGGGCAGUUUUGACCUGUUCUGCCCUUCUUAGUCAAGGGGCAAUGGAAACCCCAGAGACUCUUUUGUCAGGGAAAACUAGGGACUCUCUUCUAGAGCCAUAUAGUUCCUUGGGAUUAGCUCUUGGCCAAGAAGGCCGAGUAUGGCUCCCAAUUUUUAAAUCACUUCAUUUUUUUAAAUGAGAGAAAUAAAUAUACUUGCCAUUUUUAAAUGAUAAAUAGGUGGAGAGGAUGUUUCUUGCUCUUCAGAGCCCAAAGGGAGGGACUUUGGUUAGGCCAAGGAAGGAGCAGAAGUAGGGCAACUCAGUCCUGCAAUUAUGAAUCCCACUCCCCACUUAUUCUAGGGCAUACAUACACUAUUAUACUUUUUUAAAUCAUAAAACGGCAGGAGAACAGAUUUGGUUAGUUUAGAAGAAAAGGAAAAGCUCUAUAAAUAUAAAUAUAUAUUCCUGUAUUUUUAUUUAAUAAUUUAUAAAUACCAAGUUCAUUUGACUUUUAUUUUUGUGUAAUAUGUAACGGUCAUAUUCAAAAAAUAAAUAAAACCCAAAAGUUUAAUGAGAAGGACUGAACAGGGUUUUGUGACUUCUAUACUGUGUAGCCUGGAGUCAGAACAUCAACUCAUGACCUUGCUAAGAGUAGCAAUUAGAGCUAGAGGGAUGUGGAAAAGAGUUGAAAUUAAAAGAAAAAGAAAAAAUUCAAUGUUGUUCCACCUUGUCCCUGGCCAAGAACUCCAUCUCUCCCAACCCAAGCCCCAAGAUGGUAAAGGUAUAUGGUUCUUUGGGUCUGCCACAAACAAAAAAACAAAAAUUUUUAUGUGAAAUCUACUCCCCAGUUGCAAUUCAGUCUCUAGUCAGAAGUGUGUGAUAAUGAGCAUUCCUCCCUGAUGCCUACUUCAGAUUUAAAAUAGGCCUGGCAAAAACAGAGCCCCUGCUUCUUUGCAGGGUUUCCCUCCACCCCAGAUACUUGGUUUCAGCCAUUUUAAUGCAAACUGCUAAACUGGAUGGAAUUGCCAGGAUUUUUCAGCCAAGACCCCUGUACUUCUAGUCUAGGAUCACGUCAAAAUCAUGUCAGACAGAAUAGUGAUCCUAACUUCAAGUGGAAAUUUCUAAUCCUUCUGUAAUCCAGUAUAAUAAAUUGAUAUUUGGGUUUAUGUGUUAAAUUGUGAGAAAUAUAAUUUUAGAGGAACCCAGUGCUGCCUGCUUUUCCAGUCUCUCCCUAUAGAAAAAUUUAGAGCAUUGGGGAAAUUGAGGCUGAAGGAUUUUGAGUUCAAGACCAACCUGGGUAUACAUAGUGAGAC